GGCCCGGGCUCCCAGCAGGCCCCGCCGCCCCCCAGGCUCUACGGCAUCUCCUCCCCCAUCAGUUUAGCCGCCCCCAGGGAGACAGACUGCGCGCUUACCCAGAAAUUAAUCGAAACCCUGAAGCCCUUCGGGGUUCUGGAAGAGGAAGAGGAGCUGCAGCGCAGGAUUUUAAUUUUGGAGAAAUUGAAUAGCCUGGUCAAGGACUGGAUACGGGAAAUCGGCGAGAGCAAGAGCCUGCCGCCCGCCGUCGUGGAGAAGGUGGGCGGCAAGAUCUUCACGUUCGGCUCCUACCGGCUGGGCGUGCACACGAGGGGCGCGGACAUCGACGCGCUGUGCGUGGCGCCCCGGCACGUGGACCGCCGCGACUUCUUCUCCUCCUUCCUCGCGAAGCUGCGCGCGCAGGCCGAGGUGCGGGACCUGCGCGCCGUGGAGGAGGCCUUCGUGCCCGUCAUCCGCCUGUGCUUCGGCGGCGUGGAGAUCGACAUCCUGUUCGCGAGGCUGGCGCUGCCGACCAUCCCCGAGGACCUGGACCUGAGGGACGACAGCCUGCUGAAAAACCUGGACAUCCGGUGCAUAAGGAGCCUGAACGGGUGCCGGGUCACCGACGAGAUCUUACAUCUGGUGCCGAACAUCGACAACUUCAGGUUGACCCUCAGGGCCAUCAAACUGUGGGCGAAAUGCCACAACAUCUAUUCCAACAUCUUGGGGUUCCUGGGAGGUGUUUCCUGGGCCAUGCUCGUGGCGAGAACCUGCCAGCUCUACCCGAAUGCAGUGGCGUCGACUCUGGUGCGCAAGUUCUUCCUGGUGUUUUCCGAGUGGGAGUGGCCCAACCCGGUGCUGCUGAAGGAGCCCGAAGAACAGAACCUUAACUUGCCUGUGUGGGACCCGAGGGUCAAUCCCAGUGACAGGUACCAUCUGAUGCCGAUCAUCACACCAGCAUACCCCCAGCAGAACUCCACCUACAACGUGUCUGUUUCAACACGGAUGGUCAUGAUCGAGGAGUUUAAACAGGGCCUUGCCAUCACACACGAGAUUUUGCUGAGUAAGGCAGAGUGGUCCAAACUUUUUGAAGCCCCAAGCUUCUUUCAGAAGUACAAGCAUUAUAUUGUACUUCUAGCAAGUGCACCAACAGAAAAGCAACGUCUAGAAUGGGUGGGCUUGGUGGAAUCAAAGAUCCGAAUCCUGGUUGGAAGCUUGGAGAAGAAUGAAUUUAUUACGCUGGCUCAUGUGAAUCCUCAGUCGUUUCCAGCGCCCAAAGAAAAUCCUGACAAGGAAGAAUUUCGUACAAUGUGGGUGAUUGGGUUAGUGCUAAAAAAGCCAGAAAAUUCUGAAGUGCUCAGUAUUGAUCUCACCUAUGAUAUCCAGUCUUUCACAGACACAGUUUAUAGGCAAGCAAUAAAUAGUAAGAUGUUUGAGAUGGAUAUGAAAAUCGAUGCAAUGCAUUUAAGGAAAAAGGAACUUCAUCAGCUACUACCUAAUCACGUGCUUCAGAGAAAGAACACACACUCAGCAGAAGAGGUCAGACUGACAGCUUUGAAUGACAGCAGUCUCGACUCGUCUGUAGACAGUGAAAACGACAUGUCUGUGCCUUCACCUACGAGCACUGUGAAGACUGGCCCAGCGACUGGCCCCUCUCAGAGCAGAAACAGCCCUGCCCUGGCUGUAAUGGCAGCAUCUGCGACCAACAUGCAGGUUACUGAAGUUUCCUUGCAGCAAGCGAAUCCCAGUGAGAGCGCAGGGGGUGCAUCGAGUGAAAGCAUUCCUCAGACUGCCUCACAAGCAGCCAUUCCUCCACCACCAAAGCCCACCAUCACUAGACUUGUUUCUUCAACACUUCUGGUAAACCAUCCACCCCGGCCUUCAGGGAGCGCAGCCACAACCAUAGCUAAUCCUAUAGUAGGAGUCUAG